AUGUCACUCCACGCCCGUCUCCGGCCUCUUCCCCGCCGCUUAGCCACCCAGCCGCCCUCCGAAUCCGCCGCUCCAACCCCGCACUUCGAAGACCCGCCUGACGGUGCAAACGCUGAAGACGACGCUGAAGACCUUUUCAGUUCCUUUCUCCCUCAUCUAUUCCCAGAUGAUGCACCUCAAUUCCAUGGCGACCCUGGCCAGUACCUCCUCUAUUCGUCUCCGCGCUAUGGAGAGCUACAGAUCAUGGUCCCCUCAUACCCGAGCCAGAGCCAGAGCGGGGCCCGCUCAAAGGAGAUUGCGGAGGGAUUGCCGCGCUCUGACGGCCAGGUAAACCAAGUAGAGGAGGGGAGAAAAUUGUUUGCGCAUUUCCUGUGGAGUGCUGCCAUGGUUGUUGCCGAGGGACUGGAGCAAGCUGAUACUGAGUCGGGAGGUAGUGAGGCUGAGUUCUGGAAGGUACAAAACGAGAAGGUAUUGGAGUUGGGCGCUGGCGCUGGACUCCCCUCCAUAGUCUCCGCCCUAGCCAACGCCUCCAUGGUAACGAUAACAGACCAUCCUUCGUCACCAGCUUUAGGGCCCGCGGGCGCAAUUGCCUCAAAUGUCAAACACAAUCUUUCCUCUAGCACAAGCAUAGUCGACAUCCGUCCCCAUGAGUGGGGCACAACACUCACCACAGACCCAUGGGCCCUCUCGAACAAAGGCUCCUACACGCGCAUAAUAGCAGCGGACUGCUACUGGAUGCGGUCACAACAUGAGAACCUCGUGCGUACAAUGAAAUGGUUUCUUGCGCCAGAGGGCAAAAUCUGGGUGGUUGCUGGCUUCCAUACAGGUAGAGAGAUUGUGGCGGGGUUUUUCGAGACUGCGGUUAGCCUAGGCUUGAAGAUCGAGAGCAUAUACGAGCGGGACUUGAACUCGAGUGCUGAAGAGGGAGGCGAGGUUCGGAGGGCGUGGGUUAGUUUCAGAGAGGGCGAGGGCCCAGAGAAUAGACGGAGGUGGUGCGUUGUGGCCGUGCUAGGGCAUGCUCCUGCUGCUGCAGGGACUGGAGCUGAUGCGUAG